CUUUAUUUAUAGACCCCUAUGCAAAGAAAGGAUGCAAUCACCAUGCUGCUGUACGCUCUCUAGAGUGAUGGUGUGUGUGUGUAUUCGCGCGAGUUUAUAUUGGUGAGUCGGUGCUGUGUACAAGUAGUUUAGCUCAAUGCAUGCCAUGGACACUACAAUGGUUUUGAAGUUCUUUGCCGAUCUAUAUACCAUGGAACAAUGGAACGUAACGUCAAUCGUUUGUUGCUGAUCAGCGCUUAGGGAGAAAAAGAUCCAAGAAAAUUCUAUGCUGCGAUACAGGAGCGAUACUCUAUGAUUCUACGAUCAAACUCAAGAUGGUUGAACCGAAAAUCAGUGUCUAAGGUGGUUAGACCGCGGUGGCCGAGUACCACCUUAAAGAAGCGGCAUGGCUACCGCCGCGUUGGUAUCACAAUCUCCUCGCUUUCUUCAUGAAUUGCCGGUCAUCACUGAAAUUGCGCCAGGGGACAUCCUCACAUUUCAGGUACAAAUUGAUGCUAGUGUCUUCCGGGUGAGCUGGUUACACUGCGGAGAAGUAGUUCACAACUCGUCCAGAAGGCACAUCAAGGCGCACCCCAACGGAUGGCACGAGCUGGUGAUCGGCAACGUCGGUGAGGCUGAUGAAGGGGAAUACGAGUGUCGAGUGGAGGCUGCUGAUGGGCAGACCGUGUCCAGCUUCACCGAUGUCUACUUUGUUCAGGACGAUCCCCCCGUAGGCUCGCUUGAACGCUCGGAGACGACUGAUCCUGCCGAAGCAGAUUUUCGAGGAAGUCGCGAAUCCGGUCUGCUGAUCCUUAUUGACGAUGGGUCUGACGAAGACGACGAAGAUGGAGACGACUCCUUGGUAGGGGCUCUAAGCGGCGCAGAUGCUGAAGCCGCCAAGCGGGAGACACCAUCCGGCAGCAGCAGUGCUCGGACAUCUAGAAAGAAAGCCCUCACAGCCAGUGAACAGUUCCAAGGCUUCCUUGAGGAGAUCUCUCGGAAGGAUGAUGACGAUGAUGAAAGUCUAACUCUGGAGGAGGAAGACGAUGAAGUUGAGGAGCGGGAAACGAACAGACUCCGCAAAAUACAUCACGACUAUCAAAAACAGAAACCAAGUACGCCAGCGACUUCUCAAGGCUCUUCGGGUCAUCCUAAUAUCUGCGAUGCUUUUUCGGACCUGGAGGCCCCAAUUCAAGACAGCUUCUCUACAUUUACCUCAACAAUAUCAUCAGCGCGGUCUUCAAUCGGAACUUUACUUAACGAAGAGCUAGUCUCACCUUCUGGCAGCGGAUUUCUGCCUUAUAGGCAUUCACCUCAUCGUGAUUGGCAGCGAAAGACUCGACAACCGUCAUUCGAAGGAAGCGAUGCGGUUGUGCCAGGGGAAGGUGACUUUUUUCCACUAGGCCAACAAAACAUUCCAGAAGAUGAUGAUACUGAGAACGGAAGCAACAAGGAUAAGGGCUUUUCUUCAGCGGCCGCACAUUCCAGUUCCAUACUUAUGUCGAAAUCCGUGGCCUUACGCGACAAGACUGCACAAUGCGAAUUGGCGGUGUAUCUGAGACCAACAGAUCGAGGAAUUCCAGAUGUACCAUUGAAGUUUGUCGGUUGUGGGUGUAUUGAGAACGGUUGAAAACGACAAACUAGUGAAGCCCAAGACGCUCUGUGGCAUUUGGUAAGGUCGGUAGCGUGGGAAACCCUUCGAACCGAGGGUCCUGCCUCGAGGUUUACCGUCCGCCUUGACUCAACACUAAAAAUAAGAACUGUGUGUGAUUUUCCUUUUGACUUUACCUUCAACGGCGCUGCUUUUACUAGGUAGGUGUUAACUGAUUAGUUUGUCCGGACCUGAAAGCAGCACCGUUGUAUUCCCUG